AGUGUCUCUACCCCUUGCUGCUGCUGUCACAGCUCCUUGCAUGGGCUAGCGGGAAGGGUUAUCAUCUAUAUAGUCCUUUCUUCUUGCGCUUGUUUUAUUUCAACCACUUCAGUUAGGCUAUCAGUUAUCACCAGGGGAGCUGCACCACAGAAAAGGACAUCAUUGGGAGAACAAUGACCCAAAGGCAUUUGUAAAAUAAAACAGUUGCAAUUUAUUACUGGAUUGCUGCAAUUUAGCUCAGGGUCACUAAUACCUGGUGAGUUGAUACAAAAUGCGGAAACAUCGAUACUUGCCAUUGUGCGCCCUCUUGGGCCUAAUACUCUCAGGCUUUCACUCUACCACUGAAGCUCAGACCGAUGGCCGACAGGGCGUGGCAGCAGAUAUAAUCUUUCUAGUGGACUCGUCUUGGAGCAUUGGAAAGGAAAAUUUCCAAUACGUGAGGGAAUUUCUGUACGAUGUGGUAAAGGCUUUAAACAAGGGGGACAAUGAAUUUAAUUUCGCCAUCGUCCAGUACAGUGGCUCGCCCAAAACAGAGUUCCAAUUAAACACAUACGCCAAUAAGCAGGACAUACUUUUCCACAUACGGAGUAUGCCAUAUCGGGGGGGUGGCACAAGAACGGGCCUGGGGCUGGAGUACCUGAUUAAGACCCACCUGACUGAGGCGGCUGGCAGCCGGGCCAGCGAAGGUGUCCCGCAGAUCAUUGUAGUUUUGACGGACGGGCGUUCCCAAGAUGAUGUUAUACCACCGUCGUCAAUUCUCAAAAUGGCAGACGUUGACAUGUUCGCUGUGGGAGUGCAGCAUGCUGUGGAAUGGGAGCUGAAGGAGAUAGCCAGCAAGCCUCUAGAGACUCACAUGUACAACGUAGACAAUUUUACCGCGCUGCACAGUAUAGUAGGGGAUUUAGUCACCAGUCUCCAUGCAGCCGCAGCUUCCCCUGCACUGGCUGAAGCGCAAGGAGAAAUAAAAGAUGUUACAGCACAAGAGUCGGCUGACCUUAUAUUCUUAAUUGACGGAUCAGAUAAUGUUGGAGCUGCCAACUUCCCAAUCAUCCGUGAUUUUGUUCUAAAUUUCAUUGAUAACCUCAAUGUGGGAGAUGAUGCAAUGAGAGUUGCUGUUGUUCAGUAUAGCAAUGAUCCCAACAUUGAGUUCUAUUUAAAUAGCUACAGCACCAAAACUGAGGUUAUGGAUGCCGUGAAGGGACUUAGCUUCAAAGGCGGCGCGGAGGCUAAUAUUGGGGCUGCUCUGGAGGCAGUGGCUCAAAACCUCUUCACAGCAGGCGCAGGCAGCAGAGCAGAGGAUGGGGUGCCCCAAACCUUAGUGGUUAUCAGCGCUGGGCAAUCCAGCGAUGAUAUCAGAGAGGGGCAGUUUGCUCUAAAUCAGGCUAGCAUUUAUACUUUUGGCAUUGGGGCUGGGAUUGCAGACACCUCGGAGCUUGAGCAGAUUGCCACGAACCCCAGCUUUGUGUUUGCAGCUGAAAAUUUCGAUGACAUUGAUGACCUGCAAGAUCAGUUACUGCCCUUAAUUAAUGGGGUGGCCCAACGAACCAUUGUCAUUCAGCCCUCAACCAUAUUCACAGAAGUUUCUCAAGUCAGCAGGAGGGACAUUGUCUUCCUUAUAGAUGGGUCCCAGAUUAUGGGUAAUACCCUUUUUACUGCCAUUCGUAACUUUAUAGUGGACUUUAUCAACAAACUUCCAAUUGGACCUGACCAGGUUCAAGUCGCUGUGGCCCAGUACACCAGUGACGUUAGAAUUGAGUUAGAUCUGAACAGCCAUGCAACAAAAGAAUUGGCAGCAGCUGCUGUAAAGAAGCUGAAAAUAAAAGGAGGCUCACAAGUAGCAAAUACAGGAGCUGCCCUGGACUUUGUCAGAACCAACAUGUUCAUCCCGUCUAAAGGGAGCAGAAUACAGCAGAAUGUGCCCCAACUUAUGAUCCUGUUCACUGCCGGAAAGUCCAGCGAUUCUAUCAUCCAGCCAGCUGAAGAGAUGAAACGCAGUGGGAUCUUAACUUUGGCUGCUGGGGCCAAGAACGCUGACAUUAAAGAGCUUUCACAGAUAGCGUUAGACGAGAAGUUGGCCUUCAUGGUAAAGGAUUUCCGUGGGCUGUUCAGGACUCCACAGACUAUUAUUGCCCCACUGACUACUCUGUCUGGAGUGAUUAUCACGGAGGAGCCAACAGAAGUUAUAAUAACAACAACACAGAAUAUUCCAAGAGUGGUGCGGGAUAUUGUUUUCCUCGUUGAUGGAUCAAGCAAUGUUGGAAACGCUAAUUUCCCUUAUGUGCGUGACUUCAUCACAAAUGUCGUGAAUAACCUCAAUGUUCAACCGGAUAAAGUUAGAAUUGGCCUGUUGCAGUACAGCGGUGAUCAGCGCACAGAGUUUUAUUUAAGGACCCACACCACAAAGGAUCAAGUGUUAGCCAACAUAGCUCAGCUCAGGCUUAAAGGUGGAGCGGUUUUAAACACUGGUGCUGCUCUGGAGUAUGCCCUUGCCAACCACUUCACGAGAGAAGCGGGGUCCCGGAGUGCUGAUGGUGUAGCACAAGCCUUAGUGCUUAUAACAGCAGGAAAGUCUCAGGACGAGGUCAGAAGAAUUGCUGAUAAAGUAGCCAGAGCAGGUGUUGUGACAUUUGCUGUCGGAGUGGGCCGUGCAGACCAAGAGUUUCUGCAGCCAAUUGCCUUUGCCCCUUCUCUUGCUUACUACACAAGCGCCUUUACUGAUCUGACAGGCAUUGUGGAAGAGCUGAUGAAUCCUUUGCAGACAGUGGUGGGUGAAGUUGAGACGACUGUGGUUAUAGACGAAGGUGUCAAAAAAGAUGUUGUAUUCCUGAUUGACGGCUCUGACGAUGUAGGAGGGGAUUUUUCCUAUAUCCGUGACUUCAUUUCACGAGUAAUCCAAACUCUUAACGUUGGAAUCGACAAGGUGCGCAUUUCUGUGGUCCAGUACAGUGACAGUGCAUCUCCCAGUUUCUACCUGAACUCCUUCACAACAAAAGAACAGGUCCUAAACGCUGUCAGUGGCCUCUCACUUAUAGGCGGAACAUCCUUAAACACCGGUGCAGCACUUAGUUUCCUAAAAGACACUAUCUUUACACCCACUUACGGAAGCAGAAUUUCAGAAAACGUCCCACAGUUCCUCAUUGCUGUGUCUGCAAGAAGGUCGGAAGACAGUGUCCAAGAGCCAGCAAGAGCCCUUAAGUCAGCUGGGGUUGUGCCUUUCACCAUUGGAGUCAAGAAUGCUGACACCAGAGAGAUAAGAGAAAUUGCACACAAUCCUUCUUUCGCAUUCACCAUCAGUGACUUCAGCCAGCUUAACUCAGUCCAGAAGCAACUUGAAAACUAUGUGAUCACUCUGACCACGACAGUUGUUACUGAAGCCAUCAAAAGAGAUGUUGUGUUUCUGCUUGAUGGUUCUGAUGACACUAGAAAUGGAUUCACAGCAAUCCGUGAGUUUGUUCAAAGAGUAGUGGAGAACCUUGAUGUGGAGGAAAACAGAGAUCAAGUCGCUGUGGUCCAGUACAGUAACAAGCCUAUAGCUAAUUUCUAUCUUAAUACAUACUCAACCAAGGAGGAUGUCCUUAAUACAAUCAGAGGACUGAGACAUAAAGGUGGAAGACCCCUCAACACUGGAGCAGCUCUCCAGUUCGUUAAGGACAAUGUCUUUACUGCUUCUUCUGGUAGCAGACGUCUUGAGGGUGUGCCCCAGGUUUUAAUUCUGCUGACUGGUGGAAGGUCCAAAGAUGAUGUUGGGGCUUCAGCAACUGCUCUUAAAGGGCUUGGGGUUGUGCCUUUUAGUAUUGGAACAAGAAAUGCAGAUACCAGGGAGUUGCAAACAAUUUCUUUCACCCCUGAUUUUAUUUACCCAAUCCCUGGAUUUAGUGACCUGCAAACUAUCCAGCAACAGCUGCUGUCCUCAGUUAAAAGCAUAUCUAAAAGUGAAAGUAUACAGCCUGAAACUCCAACGCUUAUAGUUGAAACUGAUGCUGUGAGAAGGGAUGUUGUGUUUCUGCUCGAUGGUUCUGAUGACACUAGAAAUGGAUUCCCAGCAAUCCGAUUAUUUGUUCAAAGAGUAGUGGAGAACCUUGAUGUGGAAGCAAACAAAGAUCGAGUUGCUGUGGUGCAGUACAGCAAUGAUGCAGCAGCAACUUUCUACCUGAACACAUAUUCAACCAAGGAUGAUGUCCUGAAUACCGUCAGAGGCCUGAGACAUAAAGGUGGAAGACCCCUCAACACUGGAGCAGCUCUCCAGUUCGUUAAGGACAAUGUCUUCACUGCUUCUUCUGGUAGCAGACGUCUUGAGGGUGUGCCCCAGGUUUUAAUUCUGCUGACUGGUGGAAGGUCCAGAGAUGAUGUAAGGGGUCCAGCAACUGCUGUAAAAGGGUUUGGGGUUGUUCCUUUUGGUAUUGGAACAAGAAACGCAGAUACUCUUGAAUUACAAGCAAUCUCUUACGACCCUAGUUACGCUUUGUCUGUCACUGGUUUUGGUGACCUUUUAAACAUCCAGCAGCAGCUCUUAUUAUCUGUGAAAAGAGUUACUCAACCAAGAGAACCACCAACAGUCUUGGUUGAAUCUGGAGCUGCCCAAAGAGAUGUUGUGUUUCUGCUUGAUGGUUCUGAUGAUACUAGAAAUGGAUUCCCAGCAAUCCGUGAUUUUGUUCGAAGAGUAGUGGAGAACAUGGAUGUGCAGGAAAACAAAGAUCGAGUUGCUGUGGUGCAGUACAGCAAUGAUGCAGCAGCAACUUUCUUCCUGAACACAUAUUCAACCAAGGAAGAUGUCCUUAAUACCAUCAGAGACCUGAGACAUAAAGGUGGAAGACCCCUCAACACUGGAGCAGCUCUCCAGUUUGUUAAGAACAAUGUCUUUACUGCUUCUUCUGGUAGCAGACGUCUUGAGGGUGUUCCACAGGUCUUAAUUCUGCUGACUGGUGGAAGGUCCAGAGAUGAUGUUGGGACUUCAGCAACUGCUCUAAAAGGGCUUGGGGUUGUGCCUUUUGGUAUCGGUGCAAGAAAUGCAGAUACCAGGGAGUUGCAAACAAUUUCAUACAACCCUUCUUUUGCUCUUUCUGUUUCUGACUUCUCUGACCUUCCAAAUAUCCAGCAGCAACUUCUAUCCUCUCUGACAAAAGCUGCCAGAGAGAGAACAACAGAGAAACCAACAGUCGUAGAUUCUGCCCAAAGAGAUGUUGUGUUUCUGCUUGAUGGUUCUGAUGACACUAGAAAUGGAUUCCCAGCAAUCCGUGAUUUUGUUCGAAGAGUAGUGGAGAACCUUGAUGUGGAGGAAAACAAAGAUCGAGUUGCUGUGGUCCAGUACAGCAGUGAUGCAGCAGCAACUUUCUACCUGAAUACAUAUUCAACCAAGGAUGAUGUCCUUAAUACCAUCAGAGGCCUGACACAUAAAGGUGGAAGACCCCUCAACACUGGAGCAGCUCUCCAGUUUGUUAUGGACAAUGUCUUCACUCCUUCUUCUGGUAGCAGACGUCUUGAGGGUGUUCCACAGGUCUUAAUUCUGCUGACUGGUGGACGUUCCAGAGAUGACGUUGGGACUUCAGCAACUGCUCUAAAAGGGCAUGGGGUUGUGCCUUUUGGUAUCGGAACAAGAAAUGCAGAUACCAGGGAGUUGCAAACAAUUUCAUACAACCCUUCUUUUGCUCUUUCUGUUUCUGACUUCUCUGACCUUCCAAAUAUCCAGCAGCAACUUGUAUCCUCUGUUACAAGAGUUGCCAGAGAGAGAACAACAGAGACACCAACAGUCGUAGAUGACAAAGAAGGUGCCCAAAGAGAUGUUGUGUUUCUACUUGAUGGUUCUGAUGAUACUAGAAAUGGAUUCCAAGCAAUCCGUGAUUUUGUUCGAAGAGUAGUGGAGAACAUGGAUGUGAAGGAAAAUAAAGAUCGCGUUGCUGUGGUGCAGUACAGUAAUGACCCAGAAGCAAAUUUCUAUCUAAAUACAUAUUCAACCAAGGAUGAUGUCCUUAAUACCAUCAGAGGCCUGACACAUAAAGGUGGAAGACCCCUCAACACUGGAGCAGCUCUCCAGUUCGUUAAGGACAAUGUCUUUACUGCUUCUUCUGGUAGCAGACGUCUUGAGGGUGCUCACCAGUUUUUAAUUCUGCUGACUGGUGGACGUUCAAGAGAUGACGUUGGGGCUUCAGCAACUGCUCUUAAAGGGCUUGGGGUUGUGCCUUUUGGUAUCGGAACAAGAAAUGCAGACACCAGGGAGUUGCAAACAAUUGCAUAUGAUCCUAGUUACGCUUUCUCUGCCCGUGACUUCCGUGACCUUCAAAGUAUUGAACAAGAAUUUAUGUCCUCUGUUACAAGAGUUUCACGGCAGAGACCAGCAGAACCGCCUACAGUCAUAGUUGAAAUGGAAGGUGCAAAAAAGGAUGUCAUCUUCCUGAUCGAUGGCUCUGAUGAUGUUGGACGCGACUUCCCCACAAUUCAAGAGUUUGUCCGAAGAGUCGUGGAAAAUCUUAAUGUUGCCGAGAAUAAGAUCCGUGUAGCUGUGGUCCAGUACAGUGACACUCCCAAUGCUGAUCUGUACCUGAAUUCACAUACAACCAAACAAGGGGUUCUUAAUGCUGUGAAGGGACUGAGACACAAAGGUGGAAGGCCACUUAAUACUGGAGCAGCGCUUACUUUUGUCAAGAAUAAUGUAAUUUCCCCUUCAUCUGGUAGCAGAAUCCGUGAAGGUGUUCCCCAGUUUUUAAUUGUUGUGACAGGAGGACCAUCACGUGAUGAUGUACGCGGUCCAGCAACAACUCUUAAACAAGCUGGGGUUGUACCCUUUGGUAUAGGAACAAAAAAUGCUGAUUCCAAUGAGCUGCAAAUUAUUUCCUAUAAUUCUCGGUUUGUUUAUCCAGUUAAUGAAUUCCGUGACAUCUACAAUGUCCAACAACAACUAAUAUCAUCCUUGACAGAAUUGUCUAAAGAAGAAAUUGAUCGUGAAGCUCCGACUUAUCCAGUUGUUGAAGCUUUCCAAGACAGUGACAAGAGGGACAUUGUGUUUUUAGUUGAUGGCACAUCUGCAGUGAGAAAUGAUUUAGGUAGCAUCCGCGACCUGAUUACUAGAGUGGUAAAUCAGUUGGAUGUUGGUUUGGACAAAGUGCGAAUCUCUGUGGUGCAAUACAGUGAUGAUGCCAAGGUGGAGUUCCUACUCAACGAACACUCCACCAAAGAAGAGGUUCUCAGUGCAGUCAAGAGAAUCAGAAACAAAGGUGGGAACAAGUUGAACACCGGCAAGGCGCUAGAGUAUGUUUCCAGAAACAUCUUCCAGAGGUUUGCAGGCAGUAGGAUAGAAGAAAGCGUCCCUCAGUUCCUGAUUCUCCUCACUGGGGGAAGGUCUGCAGAUGAUGUUUUCGAUCCUGCCGAAAGGUUAAAGAAGAACUACGUGGCACCUUUUACGAUUGGAGCGAAGAAUGCUGAUGAAGAGGAGUUAAAGCUGAUAUCUCUCUCUCCUGAAUACUCUUACACUGUAAACGAGUUCCGUGAUCUGACCAACAUUGAUCAGCAGCUGCUGAUAUCUGUAAAGACAUUAAGUGACACUGAUAUCAGACAGAAGAUCCCUCCGGUUACAACUGAAGUGAUUUCUAAUCUUGGGAAAAAGGACAUCAUUUUCCUUAUCGAUGGAUCUGACAGUGUUGGGAGGGACGGCAUUGUGCAUAUUCGAGACUUCAUGAUCCAGGUCCUCCAGCAGCUUGAUAUUGGUCCUAACCAGAUACAAGUUGCCGUGGUACAGUAUAGCCAUACCCAGAAAACAGAAUUCUCUCUGAACACCCAUUCUAACAAGAGAGCUGUGAUAAAUGCAGUGAGAAGACUUCGCCAAAUGGGUGGCUCCGUUGUCAAUCUGGCUGAGGCAAUAGACUAUGUUGUGAGAAAGGAACUGAAGGCAGCAAAUGGAGCAAGAAUGGAUGCCUCACAGCACUUAGUGGUACUCACUGGAGGGAGAUCCCAAACUGACGUGAGCAAAUAUGGUGACCUGUUAAGAAGAACAAAUGUCAACUGUAUAGGAAUUGGCGCCAAGAAUGCAGAUGGAAGACAACUGGCUGAAAUUGCCACCUCCAGUGAAGAUGUUCUUCAAGUAAGCGACUUCCUAAACCUUCCUGGAAUUCAGGACAAGUUCAUUGCAAGACUGAGCGGAACAGCGCUGCCAGGACCUACUGAGCCUACUGACUCUGGAUAUGGUGACCUGAAGCCAAAAGUUGCAGAUAUUGUGUUUUUAGUGGACGGCUCCAAUAAUUUCAACAAGGCCGACUUUGAUCAUAUAAUGCAAUUCAUUAUUGGCUUGGUUGACAUCUUUGACGUCAAGGACUCCAUACAGAUUGCCUUGGCACAGUACACCAAGGACGUAACCGAUGAGUUUUUCUUUAACACUUACACGUCCAAAGAUGACAUUGUAGCAGCAAUCGAGAAUACGAAUUACAGAGGGGGAGGGAGGGGGAUCAACACAGGGGCUGCCAUUAAGCACAUUCAGGACAGGCAUUUCAUAAAGGCUGCAGGGAGCAGGGCGCAUGAAGGCAUCCCACAAAUUGCUUUGAUUGUGACAGGCGGGAAGUCCCAAGACGAUGGGGGUGCGGCAGCACUGGCCCUUAGAGGAACUGGUGUGCGGAUUUAUGCAGUCGGAGUCGGAGAUACUCUCAGUGAAAUCAACAAGCUGGCAAGUGAAAAAACAACAGUCUUUAGGGCCUCAACAGCCCAAGGGCUCUCAGAGCUGAGUGAACAGCUCCUGGUGAUACUUGCUGAUGAAAUGAAGGGGAUACAAAUCUGCACUGGAGCGCCAGAGAUUACAAAAGAUUGUAGACUUGAGGUCUUGGUAGGAUUUGAUGUCUCCAAUGUGGGUGCCGGGCAGAACAUUUUUGCAGUCCAGAGAGGACUUGAGUCCAAGAUGGAGGCAAUCUUCCAGAGGAUUUCACAGAUGAGGGUGACCAGCUGCUCUGGCUCCCAGGUCCCCUCUGUGCGGGUUGGUCUUCUGGCACUAACCUCAGCUGGACAGCAGGUCGGUUUCGAUUUCUCCGAGUACAAGCAAGGGCUGUACGAGCAGUUCAGAGCACUGCGUACUCGCGGACCAUACAUUCUGUCUACAAAGACUGUGGAUGCAUACAGGGACAAGUUCGUAGCCAGCGGCACACCGGGAGCUGUCAAGGUGGUAAUCCACCUCACCGAUGGCCUGGAGGAUGGGUUUGCUGCAAUGAAAGCACGUGUGGAAGCGCUUCGUUCAGCAGAUGUGAGUGCCUUCAUCCUGGUCGGCCUGGAGCGGGUGUCUGAUUUUGAAAACGCAGUGCUGCUGGAGUUUGGUCGUGGAUUCAGAUACUCCAGACCUCUCCGGAUAAACCUGCUGGAUUUAGACUAUGAGCUGUCAGAGGAACUGGACAACGUUGCUGAACGUGAAUGCUGCGGAGUGCCGUGUAAGUGCACCGGUCAAAGAGGAGACAGAGGCCCGCCAGGAAUCCCUGGAACAAAGGGUAUGCCAGGAGGAAUAGGAUACGCAGGUCACCCAGGUGAUGAAGGAGGACCGGGCGAGAGGGGUCCUCCAGGCGUGAAUGGAACCCAAGGCUUCCAAGGGUGCCCAGGACAGAGAGGCGUUAAGGGUUCUCGAGGAUACUCAGGAGAGAAGGGUGAAAUUGGAGAAAUUGGUUUAGAUGGAAUAGAUGGAGAAGAGGGGACCCGAGGGGUGGCAGGUCCUCCGGGAGAUAGAGGAAACCCUGGAAGACAGGGUCCAAAGGGCAUCAAGGGAGAAAGAGGAGACAGAGGGGACACAGGUCUGCGAGGUGACCCUGGUACUUCUGGAAUAGACAACACUCAGAGAGGACCAAGAGGAGAGAAAGGAGAUAUGGGACCGAUGGGAGAUCCUGGUGAGGAUGGUGGCAAGGGAACACCUGGAGUAGCAGGAAAGAAGGGAUCCUUUGGAAGACGAGGACCUCCUGGACCACAAGGCAGCAAAGGUACCCCAGGACCCCGGGGUUCCGCAGGAGAUCAAGGAACGAGAGGCUCACAGGGCCCAAUAGGGCCUACUGGAGCCCCUGGAAUCAGAGGAGAGAGUGGCAACCCAGGACCAAGGGGACCAGGAGGACCUGUGGGACUGGCUGGAGACCGUGGCAGGCCUGGCCCUGCUGGAAGAAAGGGUGAGCCAGGUGAUCCAGGGGACAAGGGAGUCACCGGGCCUGUGGGUCCUCGCGGAGAAUCAGGUGAAGAUGGUCGAGAUGGUUUUGGAACGCCUGGUCCCAAAGGAAAAAAAGGUGACCCAGGAUUCCCUGGAUAUCCGGGUCCAAAGGGAGAGGCUGGCGAUUCUGGAUCCAGAGGGGGACCUGGUCCGAAAGGAAACCGCGGUCAAAGGGGAAAUGCAGGGAACCCUGGUGACCCUGGACAAAAAGGAGAGGGUGGAUUCCCAGGACCAUACGGCCAGAAAGGACCAAGAGGGCCAGGUGUUGUGCAAUGUGACCUUGUCAGGAACAUUAAAGAAAAUUGCCCUUGCUGCUAUGGUGCACAGGAGUGCCCUUUGUACCCAACCGAGCUGGCAUUCGCCAUCGAUAAUUCCCAAGGUGUUACUAGGGAGGUGUUCAACCGUAUGAAGCGCAGCAUUCUGAACAUCGUGCGCAAUCUCACCAUCGCCGAGAGCAACUGCCCGCGGGGGGCGCGGGUCGCCAUAGUGACCUACAACAACGAGGUGAUGACGGAGAUUCGCUUCUCUGACAAUCACAAGAAGAAGACCCUGAUCCAGCAGAUCGAGGGCCUGCAGCACCUGCAGACCAGCAAGGAGCGCAGCCUGGAGAGCGCCAUGAACUUUGUGGCCAGGAACACCUUCAAGAGGGUACGCAGUGGCUUCCUCAUGAGGAAAGUGGCCAUCUUCUUCAGCAACGGGCCCACCAAGAGCUCUCCCACGCUCAGCGCUGCCACCAUGAAGCUCUACGAAGCAGGGAUCUCCUCUGUCUUCCUCACCAACCGGGAUGAUGGGGUGCUGAACCGAGCUGUGCAGAUCAACGGCACUGGACUGGCACAAGUUCUUGUGCUUCCUUCUGGACCAGCACAAUUCAACCAAACCAUCAAAAAAGUUAUUAACUGUCAUGUCUGUUUAGAUUUCUGCAGCCCUGAUUCCACCUGUGACUUCAUACUCCCUCAAACCACGAGAGAUAGAAGGUCCCCCACAACAGACGUCGACAUCGAUAUCGCCUUCCUUAUGGACAGCUCCGAGAGCACCAGUCCGAGACAGUUUGUGGAGAUGAAACGGUAUGUCUCCCACAUCGUAGAACAGCUGGAAAUUGCAUCGGACCCCAAAACAUCUGAGCACCACGCCCGAGUAUCUGUUGUCCAGCAUGCCCCCUACGAAUAUAAACAGAACAGAAUCCUGCCGCCAGCCAAGGUGGACAUCGGACUGACGGAUUACGGAUCAAAAGAGGACAUCAGGAACUUCCUUCAGAACAAAAUGCCCCAGCUGGAAGGGGUGCGGGCCCUGGGCAGUGCCAUAAAGUACACCAUCGAGCAUGUCUUCGAGGCGGUGCCACAUCCCCGCAACCUGAAGGUGAUUGUGCUGAUGGUGACGGGAGAAGUGAUGGAGGAUGAGGCUGAGAGACUGCAGAAGAUCGUGGUCGAUGCCAAGUGCAAAGGCUUCUUCAUUGUGGUGCUGGGCAUCGGCAGCAAAGUGAGCAUCCAGGACCUCUCAGUCUUGGCCAGUGAACCCACCGAUGUCUUCUUUAAGAGAGUCGAGAGGUCAUCUCACUUUUACGAAGAGCGUAUGCAGCGAUUUGGCCGUCUGCUCCCUAAACUUGUUAGUGCUGAAAACGCCUUCUACCUGCCUCCAGAGAUCAGCAAGAACUGUGACUGGUUCCAAAGUGACCAGCCCUGGAUGGGACCUUUCAGACACUCACAGAAGCAUGCAAAGGGCAAGGAAAACCAAUCAGUUCCAGUGAAUAAACACAAAGAAGUGGAGGCUGGCGAAAUACAAGCUGUUAACAUCAGUUCAACCAGCCUGGUCUUGCACUGGGUCAGCCCAGAUAGUAAGCAGGAUUACCAUUAUGAAGUAAUCGUAAAGAAACUGGGAGACCACUCCCCCGUGCUGAGAAAGAAUGUGACGGGCAGCGAGCUGUUCAUCGAAGGACUGGACAGCAGCCAGCGGUAUCACGUAGUCAUCACUGGAUACCUCAGGACCCACGUCAAAGUCACAUACAAGGGGAUCAUCACCACCAAAAAAGCUGAGAAGAAAGCUGCUGAGGCCACUUUAAUUGACGACCCGCUGGAGAAGCCAGAAACAGUGGGGUAUGUUUGCCAGCUGCAGAAGGAGGAAGGCUCAUGUACGAAAUUCGUCCUGAAGUGGUACUUUGAUGCCCAGACAUCGAGCUGCACGCGGUUCUGGUAUGGAGGAUGCGGAGGAAAUGAAAACAGGUUCGAAACCCAGGCAGAGUGUGAGGAGGCCUGUGCUUCCGUGACGGUUAAUCCUGGAGUCAUGGCAGCGAUUGGAACCUAAGUGAAAAGUAAUGAAAACCAACAUUUACCUCUGAAGAGAACCCGGAGAUAACCACAGCCAACUAGAAGCUAAGGGAAUGCUGAACCUUGCACUGUACCUGCAGAUGCUUUUGAUACGAAGACUCUUGAAGUAGUUUUUUUCUUUUUCUUUUUAAGAAAAAACAUUGCUGCAUGAUUUGGCGUACUGGUGCUAAUGUGUUUGAUGAUCAGGUGCUGAAUUUGUCUGGAAUGCAAUUUACACAUUUACACUUCUCUUACGUCUUUUUAUUUUCCAAUCAUGGACGACGUUUUUAUGCUUUGAAAUCUUUUUUUAUGAAUAUCUUGGUCAAACGGGAAUCAAAAAAGCAAAGUUUAUUCAAUAGGGCAAAGAUUCUCUUUCUCAUUGCACACAUACACAGUCCAAUUAUUUUUAAUGCAUAGGAUGGUAUAUAUUUGACACAUUUUGGGCCAGUACUGGCCCAAAGACAUCACAAUUAAGAUUUUCUUUCUAGCUGUUCAUUAUAUCAUACUGUGUUAGUGUUUACAAUAUUCUGUGUUAACUGAAAAGAUAAGUAUAUGAUGACGAUAAUGACAAUCACCCUCAGCUCAGUAUUGAGAAAUACAAAAAUAUAUAUAGAUAAUGCACUUCCAGGAAACAAAACCUCAAACACAAAAGUUCCAGCUCUUAAAUAUGGAAUGUAAUUGUCAACAUUGUGUACGGUUUUGAUCAUUUUUGACAGAAAAUAAAAAGUAGACUUUCUUAUAAAA